AUAUGAAUAAAAUUUGCUACCAUACAAAACAAAUUAUAAAUUUAUUGUCCAUGAAAAUGUGCAAUUUCAGAUAGUUUAACAAGUGUAGUUUGCAAUGAACAAUAUUUUAAGAGAGAAAAAAAUGGCCAAGAAAUAAGCAUUGCUUUCACUGUUAAAGAUGAGGACAUGAAUAUAUAACAUUUCAGUUUCUUCAUCAUGAUUAUAUUAACAAUCUAACCUGACCAAGUCAAAGAUCUCAAUAUGGCAUAAAUUUUGUACUACAUGUAUAGAUUAAAAUUUUUAUUUGUUUCAUUUUAAGCGUGUGAGUAAGACCAUAAUUGUUUGAUGAGAGACCUUCAUUUUGUAGGGAUUGAAGGCUGAAAGAGCAGUCAUGUUAAAAGGGUAGAAAGGAACCGGAUAAUAAAUAUUGUCAUUUAUUCGCUGAAGCACUCAUACAGAGAUCAGUAUGGAGUGUAACAAAAAAAAUGACUUAAUUAAUUAGAAAACUUGUAAGAGUAACUUUGCUAAGACUUUAUCAUAGAGUAACUAAUGUGAAGUGGCAAUGGGUGGUUCCAAUGAGUGGUUCCCAUCCUAUCCUAAAAUAUCCUAGAUUAUACUUUAGUGAAGUGGAAUACAAUUAUUGUGUACCUUAUAUAUAAAUUAUGUAUAAAAUAACAGGCAUUUUUGGAAAUAAAAAUGUAUAUUGUUCAUUGCAAGCAAAGUGAUUUUCAAAUUGGUAUAAUGGUCAAAUUGAUCAAGGAUAUUCAUCUGUUUCACUUCAUUUAUAUUCGUAAUUUUACAUUAUUUGAUUGGCUACUUUUUGUAGGGGAUACAUCACGAUGUCAGAUGAAAUUCGAUGACCCUAGAGUAUGUAAAAGUUUCCUUCUUGGAUGCUGUCCACAUGAUAUUCUCUCCAGUACGAGAAUGGACCUGGGUGAGUGCCCCAAAUAUCAUGAUGUUGCUUUAAGAGCUGACUUUGAAACCGCUUCAAAGAAGAAAGACUACUUUUAUGAUAUUGAUGCCAUGGAGCACUUGCAGACGUUCAUCAGUGAAUGUGACAGGAAGACAGAGAUGUAUAAACGUCGACUGAAAGAAACACAGGAAGAACUGUCAGAGGAGGCCAAUAGCAAGGCGGAGUCAAUUCAUGGAUUAGGGGAGGAGAUAGGGACCAAACUUGCUCGUGCAGAGACCAGCGGAGCUGAGGGUAAAGUAGAGGAGUCUAUGCAGCUUCUGAAUGAAGUGGAAGACCUGAAAAAGAAAAAAGCACUAGCUGAGCAAGAGUACAAGAACUCUAUGCCUGCAUCUAGUUAUCAACAACAGAAAUUGAGGGUGUGUGAGAUCUGCUCAGCAUACCUUGGUAUCCAUGACAACGACAGAAGAUUAGCUGACCAUUUUGGUGGUAAACUUCAUCUUGGCUUCAUCACAAUCAGAGACAAACUCGCAGAUUUAAAAUCAACACAUCAGGACCGUAUAAGACAGAGAGGUGAGGAGAGAGAAAAACAGCGACAAAGACGUGAGGAGGAAAGGAAGAAAGACGAUGAGGACAGGAGGAGAACUAGGAGCCGUAGUAGAAGUCGUAGACGAUCUCGGAGUGGUAGUAGGUCAAGGAGGAGAAGAUCAAGAUCUAGGUCAAGACGGUCAAGAUCAAGGUCAAGACAUUCAAGGAAGAAGUCAAGAAGGAGGUCAAGGUCUAGGAGCAGGAAAUCUAGGUCAAGGUCAAGAAAACGCUCUAGGAGGUCAAGAUCUAGGUCUAGAUCUCGACGCCACAGAAGCAGCUCCAGAAGCCGAUCUCGUCACAGGAAAUCUCGCAGGAAGUCUCGCUCGAGGUCAAGGUCAAAAUCAGCGAAGAGACGUAGUGCAAGUGUGGAGAAUGGCUCAAAACAAGAUUCCCCGGCUCCUCUUGCAGUAGAAGAUUAUUAGGAGAACAAUUAAUAAAUCGUUGACAAUAAUUUAGGCGAUUUCGUAAAUCUCAUCUUGAUUGUUUAUAAGUUUCACUGAUAUGUCAGUUUUACUUGUUCAUAGUCAAUCAUUUAAUAUGAACUGCGUGGUAAUUUAUGUGAAAUGAAUAAAACAGAUGUUGCCAUUUUGACAGCAAAUCUUUUUCUCUGCAUCGAAAUGAAACGAGUAAUUUGUGCUGAAUUUGUGGCAAAUACAGAAAGAAAGAAAAUUGGGUAGGAAACAUGUUUAUCACUUUAGUGUUAUUGUUUUGUCAUUUUUGCUGACAUACUUGAGUUACUUUCUUUCAAUAUCAAUAUUUUUUUUUUAAAUUUAUUUGUUGAAGUGACGGUCCUAAAAGUGUAAUGUUGAAAUAAACCAAUUUUGCCUUGAAUUCAUUUAUAAUUGAGUUAUUUUGUGCUUGCAUGCACAUUUUAAUUUGUUUUUGAUUUGUUGAAUAUUUGAUGACCAUAUCAAAACAGUAUCUCCAUUACUAUUAGAUUUUUCUCUUCUUUUUUUUCUUGAAUAAAAAACCACUGGUUUUAUGAAAUACAUUCUUUUAAUUUCAUUUUUGUUAGAUAAUUAACGUUCCUUGGCGAUAGUACUGUAAACAGACAGUUGAUCAGACACAGCUCCAAAGGCACAACUAUAUAAAGUUGAUCGGUUAAUACAAAGAUUUUUGUUAUAAGAGCUAAAAUUGAAAUUUGGAAGUGUUGUCAUUUUAAACAUUCAUCAUUAAUCUUAUCACUGCUGUAAUGCUAAGAAAGUUUACCUCAACGAAACUUGCAUUUGAUAAAAGAUUGCAACAAUAGUAAGUGCUAGAAAUAGGUUUUGGUACUUAAAGCUGCAUGCCUCCAAAUGAGCUAAUAAUAUUUCAAGAAAAUCAAACUUGAGAAAAAUGUUUUUUGAGGUAUUUAUGAAUAUGAAUUUAUGAAUCAAUAUUUCAACUGCAUGACUAACGUUCUAUCGCAUGAUUAAUGCAGUAAGGGCUUCUCUGCAUUUUUAGACGUGUUUCUGGUAAUUUACGUGAUUGUAAGUGUAAUUGCAAUGCAUAACUUACUUUGUUAGUUCACUUCACAAUAUUUUAUUCUCAAAUACAUUUAAAAAAAAUCCUAAAAUCUGGAGGCAUGCUGCUUUAAUCAAUUAAAAAAAAUUAAUAUCAUUAAAACAGGGUAAGAAGAUAUUUUUGAAAGACUGACAAAACUCUUUGAUUAAAUGAAUAUAUGUAUAUGCAAAUUUUGUCAUAGAUUCAGUUGGCUUUAAAACACUAUUGAAUACCCAUUUACACUUGGUAACAUGAUAUAAAGUAGGUCACAUGGUUAUCAUGUCAGUAUUAAAUUUGUUGAAAAGAAUAGCAUUUAUGCUGCUUUUAUAUUACAAAAUGAAUCCAAUAUUAAAUAAAGCAUUAAGUAAAAAUAUAUUACUACACAGAUGAAGAAAUUACAUAAUUAAUUUUAUUUUGUCACAAAUUAUGAUAAAAAGUUCAUUUAGGUACCAGUCACAAUUUUUAUUUGAACAUCAUGCCCUGUACUCCAUGUCAUUUUAUGUAGUUCUUAUGUAAAUAAAUCAUUUUCAGGGCCUGAUUGUACAUGCUUAUAGGGGACAAUUUGAUUUUUGUGUUUCAAUUAAUUUUUGACAUUUUGAAAAAAAGGGUGGACCUAAUUUAGAUGUUUCCUCCAAAAUUAAAAUCUUUUGCUGAUAUUGUGAAAUCAAUUCUCCAAUCAAUGCUUUGUUUUUUGAAGGUACAUUAUGCCCCAGAAAUGAAUAAUAAAAUUCCUCUUUACAACGGGCAAACUUCACUUUUAUAACCUUUAAAUGCUGGUUUUUGAGAAUGUUACAUGCUUAUCACUUGAAGAAAGUAGCUGUGAAUGUGAAAUAAUUUGUCAUAAAAGUGGCAAAAUGUUAAAGUAGUAAAUCUCUCUAACUAUAUUAAUUGCCCUAAGCAGCAGAAGUGAAAUAUUGCUUAGGUAAUUGCCCAAUGAAUUAUAACAGCCCACCAAAAAUAAAAAGCUUUUGAUAAAUAAAAAAAAGAGCAUUUCUUAGGCAUAUUGGACCUUAAAGUAGUUCAGUUCUUGUUUUUUGUGCCUUUUGAAAAAAGGGGUAGAGCUAAUUUAGAUGUUUCAUCCAAAAUUAAAAUAUUUUGCUGAUAUUGUGAAAUUAAUUCUCCAAUCGAUAAUUCAUUUUUGAAAGGUAUAUUAUGCCUCAGAUACGAAGAUAUAUAUUUUUUAGAAUGGGCAAACAUCACUUUUAUAACCUUUAGGUAAUGGCUGUAAAGCAUGUUGUGUGACCUAAAGAAAGUAGCUCUGAAUGUGAAAAUAUUUGUCAUAAUAGUAGCAAAAUGUAAAGAAAGCAGUAUUUUGACUUCCAUAUUAAAUACUAAAUCACUAUAUAUUAAUUGCCAUAAGCAACAGAAGUAAAAGAUGGUUCAGGUAAUUGUCAAAGGAUUGACAUUUUGGAAAUUAUAACAGGCUACCAAAAAUAAACAUAUAAAGCCACCAAAAUAUAUAAAAAAAAACUUUUGAGAAAUUAAAAAAAGCAUUUCUGAGGCAUUAUGGACCUUUAAGUAGUUCAGUUUUUGUUUUAAAAAUUUUGUUGCAAUUAUCGGACAAAUUUAGAAUUGAAUGCAAAAACUUUGUUAAGUUACAAGUGUUGUUUAAAAAUGUUUGUAUAUAAUUAUUUUAUUCAGUGUUUUCAAAACCUGAAACAAUUGUAAACCAGUGGAAAUAAACCUCUGUUGUAGAA